AUGUCUGAGAGCGUUCCCCCAGAUGAAGGAGUUCGUCGUCUGGCGGGAGACAGUGAAUAUCCCCGCACUAUACAAAUCGAAAGAGUCAAGUCUUGGUUAAAAUCCACUUGGACGCAGAUAUUAGUCAACUUCCUUAUCCUAAGUCUCCUAGCAGUUGUAGUGGUAUUCGUCCAGGCAACAUACACUGCAGAAAACAAUUCCGCGAGUAAGACCGCGCUAAACGCCCUCAUGAAAGUCAACGCCAGCACCACUAUUACAGUUCUCCGUGCCGCCCAGGGCAUCCUUUCGGCCUUGACCGCGAUGGCACUGACCGAUACCCUAGUCAACUUGCAGUGGAGUAUGAUAGAGUCCCGAGGUGGACUCCCCUAUCUUGAUCUUCUGGCACUUUCACCCACUACUGGCCUCUCUGGCGCGUCACACCUCAUCCAUUCUUCUUUUACAAAGUGGCUGACGAAGAUGUAUGCCCUCCUAAGGGUGACGUUGACUGCCCUUUUAUGGGUUUCAGGGCUAAUCCUGUUUUUUAACACAUCGUUCAUGACGGUAUAUGAUACGAUAUACACUUACAAUGCCACAGCGGGAGUUGGCCCCUUUAAUGCCUCCCUAAUUCAACCGUUCAUGAAUGCCCUUCACUCGUGUUCACCUACAUAUCCCUACGAAAUACUUCCCUACACCUAUUACGCGGCUGUUUAUACACUCGUUUUAAAUCCGCUCAUCUCUACUAUAUCAGAGCCUGUAUCGUGCCAAGGGCAUAGUUGUGUUUCGUAUUUGCUAUCCGGCGGUCUCGAGAUGGUAACCCCGUGGACUCCCGAUGGCCACGAGGAUUACCCCAUGGUCAAGAUCGACAAAGCGCCAUCGCUGCAGAUGGAUUUCACAGCACCGGCUAGUUCUUCAUUUCAAGCUACGGAAUGCGACGUGUUCGGAGAAUAUGGGUUCACGAUUGGGAUCCGUCUUUGUAUCUCAGUAGAGGAGUCUACCACUGAACUGCUCAGAGCAGGUCUUUUUGUAUGCUUUAACGGUAUCGAUGGAAAUAAUUGCAGUGUCAGCGAGCCAGCGCCAAAUAUUACCGCUACAUUCGUUGAAGACCUAACGCCACCCACCCCACCACCACCCUUCGACAUCUCCGCCUACCGCUCAGUCCUCGCCUGGCUCUUCAACCACACCGCAGCGCACAUCCCCGCGCCCUCCUCCAUCGCGCAGAGCUUCUGGAGCUCGCCCGAGCAGCUGCAAGAGAGCAGCUGCGACGGGAUCCUGUCGCAGCACUUCCAGAGCGUGCUCGCCUUCCCCUUCUGGCUCUUCAACAGCAACGACUGGGGCAACGUCGACCUGCGGUCCAGGGAGAUCAUCGCGACGCUGCCGCCGCAGUUCUACACCACCGCCUCGCUCGUCAGCCCGUACGCCAGGAUGCGCUUCGACCCGGCCAUGUUCGGCCUGUCCCUCGCGCUGCAGGGCGUGCUGGUGGCGUUUAUCUGGGGAGUGGGCGUGCUGAGGCCGCGGGUUGCGACCAAGACGUCGGCGUUUCCGAUCUUUGAUGUCACGCACAAAGCGGAGUCCGAAGGAGCUGACCUUAGGCUGGAGACGAAGCUGCCGAGCCUUGAAACUUCUGGCAUUAUUAGCGUUGUGAGGGAUGCUCAAGUCCAUGUGAAGACUGAUUAAUCCAUCAUGUGUAGAGAGAGAGGGGUUUAGACAAUACUUUGG